AUGUUGAAUACUGCUGACAAAAUAAGAGCUAGGAAUUCUGAAUUCAAAUCUCACAGAAGGAGCAAAACAUUUCCGGCAAUAAGUCAUGCUUUUCAUUCAAAUAUUUAUCGUGGAAGAAAUGUUGUAAUAACUAAUACAAGUACAUUUAAGAAAAGUUUUACCUAUUUAUUAUUAUUGUCAUUAAUAGGGAUAGUUACAGUAGACUUUAUAUUUAGAAGAUUUGGAGCAUUGACUUUAUUUGAUAAUAUUAAAAGUAUUUCGUUAGAUAAAAAACCUUUGGAAGGUGAAUUCACAUUUAAAAAUGUGAAUAAUAUAUUUCAUUCUUCAGAUAUUAUGAAGGUGAAACGAAUAUCUCUUUCACAAAAGAAUAAUGGUGUUAGUGUGAUAAGUAUUAAACACAUUUUAAAGAAUUCAACAAUUUCAGAAUUAAACUCUGAUUUAAUUUUAUAUACAAGAGAUGAGCAAAAAAAUACAAGCCUUCAAAGAAGAAUAAUGAAAGAUAUAGAAAAGGGAGUAAUAGAUGAUGUAGUUGGAUUAAUGGUAUUAUUAUUGAAGCAUAAAAGAAUUUCAUCAGAAUCCCCUUUAUAUUCAAUAAUUAGAAUUUUACCAUCAGUAAAAUGGUUUAAGAAUAAUGGAAUAUUUUCAAUGAAUAGAAAAGAUUUUGAUGUAGCAUCAUAUGGAACAAGUAUGGAGGGUAUUUAUGAAUCUGUUGAGAAACAUUGUAAAUUAGCAACUUCUUAUAUUUAUUCAUCAAUAAUUAAACGUGAAUUCGGAAUUCCUCAGUCAGUAGAUUACUUGAAUGGCCCUCCAAUAACUCAAUAUGAUAUACAAUGGGCAUAUAUGAUAGUUAGAUCUUAUUCCAUAGAAAUAGGAGGUGGGCUUGCUUUUAUUCCGUCAUUAAUAUUUAUAAGAAAAACUAAUAAGGAUUCAAAUUUUGAGAUAGUUUUUGAUAAAUAUACAAGAAAUCAAAAUGGAAAUAAUAGUACAGAAAUUUUUGAAGAUGAAAGGUUUGGUAAUAACACUGGUAUAAGACAGGCAAUUAGGUUAGUUUCAAAAAAAAAUAUACUUAAAGGGGAAGAGAUACUUUAUAAAGAUGAUAAAAGUUUAACGGAUUCAGAAAUGUUUAUAAGUAGAGGACAGUGGUUACUAAAUUCCCAUAAAAUGAUUCUUCCAAUAGUUUUUCCAGAAAACAUUUUGAUUAAUAAUAAUCAAGAGUCUUUUGAUAAUCAUCAAAAGUUAUCUAUCAAGCAUUUAUAUUCAAAUAGUACUUUGUCAUCUGAUAUAUCAAUUAAUAAUAAUAUAACAAACAUAUUACUGAGAAAGUUUGAUUGCUCAUUAGAUACUAUACACAACUUUUAUUUCGAAGAGAAUAAUGCUAUAAAUAGCAAGUUUACAUUUUGUUUAAAAUUGUUAUCAUACAUUAAACACUGUUCAGAAAUACAUAAUUUGUUAAAUAUUGAUCCAUAUCAAAUUUUAAAACCAUUGGAAAGAAAGAUUGAGAUAGAUGCAGCUUCCAUAGGUAUUUCAAUAAUACAGAAUAAGAUAGACAAAUUAAGAUCAUCGGCAGCUAAUAUAAUAAGUCAUUUUGGACAUAAAAGCAUACAUCAACUUCCUAUAAUUAAAGUUAGAGAAGCCGAGAUGAUUAUUCUUAGAAAUAUAAUUAAAAAUCUACAUAAUUGGUAUUAUAUAGUUAGUGAUAUUGAUACUUAUGAAUCAUACUAUUAUUAUUUGUUACAAAAUUAG